AUGUUGUUAAUCGUUGUCGAGGCUUACAACAAAUGGGUUGAAGUAAAACCUACCACCCUUACCACAGCAACUUCAACAAUCGCUAUUAUGGACAACCUCUUCACAGCAUAUGGUACAUCAAUCACUCUUGUUUCAGACAACGGUAGACAAAACAUUGCUGAAGAAUUCAAGACUUUCCUGAAGAAUAGUGGAGUGAAAUACCACAAGCUAUCAGCACCAUACCAUCCAUCAACAAAUGGACAAGCGGAACGGUAUGCGCAAACAGUGAAAGACGCACUAUAUACAAUAAAAACUACGAAAUCGACACUACAGAGUAAUCUUAACCAAUUCCUUCGACAAUAUCGCAAAGCACCACAUUCCAUCACAAGACAGUCCCCAAGUCAAUUGUUCUUAGGACGAGACCUUCGCACUCGCCCCAAUCUAACGAGAUCUGAUGAUAUAUCAACGAAAGUGUUAGAAAAACAACGAGCUGAAAUGCGCUCCACCUUUCGCUCCUUGGAAGAUGGACAAAGAGUGUAUUUCUGA